AUGGGCGACACCAUGCUUGUCAAGAAGAGGCCUGUUUCAAUCAAUGAAAUGAAUCUGAAAUCCAUACAACGUCUGGAUCCAUGUGCUGUAGCAAUCAUUGACAAGUCUGUACAUGCAGCGCUGUACCAAUUUGAUAAAUGUAAGACGCAGUGGGUGAAGUCCGCAAUCGAAGGUCCGUUAUUUUUGUACAGACGAGCUGAUAUGCCUCUCCACUCAUUAUUGAUUGCAAACCGCCAAUCUCUUGAAGAUCAUAUCGAACCGAUCGCACCUCCGUUACGAUUCUUCCUUGAAACUCCAUAUUUGUUUAUGAAUACUCAAGAAGGUGACAUAAGAGGUUUCUGGUUCUAUGAUGAAGACGACUGUACGCGUUUAUAUAAAUUACUUGUCAAACUUGUCUCUGAAUCGAAUCCAUCGACAUCUGCUACUGUCAACGAUUCAAAAAGAGCAGUGUCAGCUAAUUCGCAAAAUGGAUUUGGUGCACACUCAAAUACUACUACAGGAAGAGACAGUCGCUGUAAAAAACUGGAUGAGAUGCCUGCUUUGCUGCAGCAAUUGCUUUCGAAGCAAACAACCACCAAAUUACCGGAUGUGCCUACUAGAGGUGCUCUGAGUGCAGAUCAGUUUGAAAGACAGCUUCUUCUCCGAGGUGCUUGGGGGGAAGGUGCUGUGUUGUCGACGGAAAAAUCAUGUGCGAAAAUAACAGAGAAAUGUGCAUCAGCUUCUGAAGGGGACGAAAAAAAUGAUAUAUUAACGAAUUUAGUGAAUAAUCUGUCUCUCUGUGCUGCCAAGACAUCGUCUAGUUUAAAAGUUGUGGAGAAGCACCGAUCUAAAAGCAGAAACAAGCAUGAUGGUAUGUCUGAGGAUAAUUCGCAAGUUGUUUCUCUUACAAAGGAUCAGUUGUUGGUGGCACUAAAACAUUUAUUGAAGGACGAUAGCUUUGUAACACGCCUACAUUGUGCAUAUUUGGAGAGCAUCAACACUCGAUUGGGAUUGCGCGAUUAA